UGGAGAGAUUCCUCUCUGUAAGUCAGACCAGCUCAAAGAUGAAGAAGCAUGGACUGACCGCUCGGCCUCUGGAGGCGGCAACGAACAUCCGAGUGGAGAGUCUUCCUCCGACUGUGGUUGAAGACAUGCUGGAGCUGUAUUUUGAGAAGACCUGGACUCUGCCGGCCAAAAUUGUCAUGAUCCCAACUGAACAGGCUGCCAUCAUCACUUUCAGCGACCCUAAAGUUGUGGAAAAGAUUUGUGUAAAAAAAGACCUCAAGAUGAAGUCUAUAACUGUGAAGGUGUAUCCAUACUACGAGUCACUGGGAACCGUCUUGUAUGGCAAAGAACGCCCAACAUGGAAGAUGCCCGAGCCCUUCACAGAGCCUGUUCACCACGUUAUCUGGAAAUUCCUUGUGGAGAAGAAACUAUCAGAACACAUCAAUGAUCAGAUGCGUCCACAUUUCUGCAGAGUGGAUUUGAAUGACCCUGAACUGAAACUCAGCCCUUUGCAUGAGUUUUUGAGGCAGCAAGAUCUGACUGCAGAACAUGUAAAAAACUGGAUGAGUAAGGUCCAACAUGCCUUCCGUCGCCUGAUGUCUCAGUACAUGGCAUUUGAAUGUCAAGCAAAUGCACUGGGAUGGACAGCUGCAGAGAAAGAUGUCCGUUCAGUUGUGAAGGAAGAUGCCAUCCUGGUGCUGGAUGCAUCCAAAGGGGUUCUGACUGUUGCUGGCCGAGCUGAUGAUAUAAAACGAAUCAGGGCUUCUGUAGAGAACAUUCUUCUUAAAGCCAUGAGUCACAUUGAACGACAGACAAACAGCAUCUCUGAGGAAAUGAUUUUGUUCCCCGCAAUCUUCUACGUCCUGAAACAAGAGGGGCUCCAGAUAACUGCUCUGGACAUUUCUCCUGAGAUGAAACUCUCUUAUGAUGAAAGCACCCAGAAGUUAACCAUUACAGGACUUCCUGCAGAGGUCUUCGAGACUAAGGCGUGGAUCUUGGAGAGGAAUGUGAAUUUGAGUAAAAAAUACCAGAAUGUUCCCCCAUGUCUUCUAGACUUUCUCAGAACAUUGGAUCCCAUGGACAUAUCCCAGGAUCUGUUCGCAUCUCAAGGCAUCAAUGCAGCCUACACCAUUGACAACAAAGGACUUCUGCUGUUGGGAAAUUCUGACUUAAUCCUUGCUGAUGCAGAAAGUAAGAUGAUGGCUGCUUUGGCUCAUCAGAUUGUGAAUGUGGAAGAUCAGGAAGUUUUAAAACUUCCAACCUGGAUGGACCUGAAACAAAACCUGCUAGAUAUCUUCAACUUAUCGAAGAAAAAAACUGUGGCCAUUCAGAUGCACCCAGAGAGAAAAAUAACAGUGGCUGGUUUUGUGAAUCCAGUGAAAGAGGUCAGCCAGAGUCUGAGGGUAUUUGUUGAGAACUACUCACGAGUUCAAGAAACCCUUUGUGUUCAAUCUUGUGCUGCUGUUCAGUUUAUUGAAAAGAAAAGAAUAGAGGAAUGGUACAGUAUUGCCAAAGAUAAUAAUGUUUCAGUAAGUUUUCAUGUAGAGAGGCCAAGAAUCAGCUUUGCUGGAGCUCGUCUUCAUGUCCAGAAAACCAAAUCCUGCUUUAUGGAACUGGCCAGUGCUCUCUUCACUGACACCUUAACUGUGGACAAGCCCGGAGCAAAGAAAUAUUUCCAAAACCAAGGAAGCAUUUUCCUGUCUACAAUAAUGAAUAAGUUAGGAUGUGUGAUUCUCCUUCAUCCAGAGAUUGAAGAGGAAGAAGAAGAGGAAGUAGAGAAUUAUGAAGAAGAAACUACCCUGUGCAGAGUGCAGACCAACAGUGGAGUACUGAUUUCUGUCAGUAAGGUGGACAUCUGCAGCUUUGGUGUGGACGCUGUGGUCAAUGCAGCUAAUGAGGACUUAGACCACAUUGGUGGCCUGGCUUUGGCACUGCUAAAGGCUGCAGGACCACAGCUGCAGAGAGAAAGCAGCGACUACGUCGCUAAAAAUGGACGUCUACGUCCUGGUGACGCCAUCAUAACAGAUGCAUAUAACCUGCCUUGCAAACAUGUUGUCCAUGCAGUUGGUCCACGAUUCUCUGACUUUGACAGGAAGACGUCAGUGUCACACCUGAAGACUGCAGUUAGAGAAAGUCUGACACAAGCAGAGAUGGUCAACUGCUCCAGCAUUGCACUGCCAGCGAUCAGCUCGGGCAUCUUUGGUUUCCCUGUUGACCUCUGUGCUGAGACCAUAGCCCAGGCAGUUCGGGAGCACUGUGACAGCCCACAAGGUCUGAGAUCAUUAACUGAGAUUCACCUGGUGGACAACAAUGAUAGCACCGUCAGAGUCAUGGCCACAGCUGUGAGCAAGGAGUUCUCUGACCUCGGACCUACCAUGACCAUCCCACAGCAAGCAGGCGGGAAACGAACAGGAGCUUCAGGUGGAUAUCACCAAGGUCAAGGCAAACGAGGUCAGAGCCAGUCACAUGGUGCCAGCUGGUCUGAAACAGAAGGAAGAGGAGGAGGAAGAGGAGGAGGAAGAGGAGGAGGAAGAAGAGGAGGAAGAGGAGGAGGAAGAGGAGGAGGAGGUGAAUCUUGGGGAAAUCAUCAGGGUAACAGGGGAGGCCAAAGUCCCAAGCAACACACCAGCCACGGAGAGCACGGAGGGUUGGAGCAGACCACAGCUGAGGGGCUGAAGAUCAUUCUAUGCAGGGGAAACAUUCAGGACCAGACUGUUCCACAGACUGACGUCAUCGUCAACACCAUCUCACAGGACUUGAAUCUGAGGCAGGGAGCUGUGUCCAAAGCCAUCCUGUCAGCGGCUGGAGGGAGUCUGCAGGACGCCAUCUACUCUGAAGCCAGAAGGGACACACUGUGGCACGGGGAAGUCAUCAUCACUGACGGCUACAACCUCACAUGUCACAAAGUCUUUCAUGCUGUUUGUCCAUCCUGGGACAACGGAGGCGGCCAGGCAGAGGAGGAGUUAACGUCCAUCAUCAGAUACUGUCUCGUGGAGGCUGAGAAACGUCAGAUGGCAUCGUUGUCCUUCCCAGCCAUCGGGACAGGACACCUGAGCUUCCCCAGAGCCCUGGUGUCCAAACUCCUGCUGAGGGAGAUCCGCUCGUACAGCAGCAGCAGAAACCCUCGCUGUCUGAGAGAGGUGGUCAUCGUCGUUCACCCCAGUGACAGCCAAACCGUGGAUUGUUUCACCAGAGAGUUCACCGGUCAGAGGAACGUCCAGCGUGAACGGCAUGAUUUUAAUGAGCCACCAGUUCAACAGCCUGUCAGCCAAUCACAACACUCCUCAGCCACUUUUGGCCCAGUUUUGUCCACCUCCCUCGGUGUGUACCAGAUGCAGAUGGGUCAGCUCGCUUUAGAGGUGUCGUCAGGUGACAUCACCAAAGAGACCUGUGAUGUCAUUGUCAACUCGUCCAAUCAGACCUUUAACCUUAAAGCAGGAGUGUCAAAGGCGAUCUUGGACGGCGCUGGAAUAACAGUUGAGCGAGAGUGUGCGCAGUUUGUGACUUCCACGGCUCAGCCUCAUGCAAUGAUCCUGACAUCAGCCGGGCAGCUGCCCAGCAGGAACAUCGUCCACAUCAUCGGCCAGAACGACCCUGCAAACAUUAAAAACAUGGUUUACUCAGUGCUGAAGUUCUGCGAGGAGAACAAGUUCAGCUCUGUGGCCUUCCCUGCCCUGGGAACAGGUCAGGGAGGGGCCCACCCAUCAGCAGUGGCUAAAGCCAUGGUCGAUGCAGUGGUGGAGUUUGUGAGGAAACAGCCGAGGUUUGUUCAGAGUGUGAAGAUCCUGAUCUUCCAGACGGCCAUGUUGAACCAUUUCCACACGAGCAUGAAGAAGAGACAGGGAGAGACGGUGGAAGAGAAGACUGUGUUUAGCAAAAUCAAAGCAUCAGUCCGCCAGUUCAUGUCAGGUCUGGUAUCCGGGUCGGCUCAGUCCAGCUCUGUUGACUUAGUUCUGGAGAGGGAAGAGUUUGAGCCCACAGUGUUUCAGCUGUGUGCCGACGACAACAAGGCUUUGAGUGAGGCCAAGAAGAGGAUUAAUGACCUGAUUGUUGCUGAGCAGGCACAGAAAACCAUCUCUGACCCGUUCAUUAGUCAGCUGUCACAGGCUGACAUGGAGGAGCUGAAGGCUCUGCAGAGGAAACUGACGGUCAGCAUCCGUCUGGACAAAGGAGCAGAGGACCAGGACCCCGAGAUCCACCUGGAGGGUCUGACCAGAGACGUGUUCACUGCUGAGUCUGCACUCAGGGACAUCAUCCGGAAAGUGGAGAGGGCGGAGAACUCAAAGAGACAGGCUUUGUUAGUGAGCAGCCUGGUAGAGUGGCAGUAUCCAGACCGCAGUGGCUCAAUGGUGCCGUUUGAUAUUUACACCAACCUCAAACUGGAGGAGGCGCUAGAGAAGAAACAAAAGGUGAAGACCAAGAUCAACAAUGAAACGUACACCGCUGAUCCAGGACUUAGAAAAGCAGUUACAGCAAAGAGGCCUCCUAUGGAGCUCUUUCGGAAAGAGGUGAAGGAUGACAGUGCUCUGCCUUCUUGCUGGGAGGACAUGAAAGGAGACCUUGUGAAGUUGUUUGCUCUGACUCCAGGAGCUCAGGAAUACGACAACGUGGAGCAGGAACUGACAAAGAAUCGACUUCAUGUUAACAUCAUCAGUAUUGAACGGGUCCAAAAUCCAACACUGUGGCAGAACUACCAGAUCCUGAAGAAGCAAAUGGAGGCAAAGAAUAAACAUAAAAACAACGAAAAGCUUCUUUUUCAUGGCACCAGGGCUACAUCUGUCGAUCUCAUCAACGACAAAGGCUUCAACCGCAGCUACGCAGGAACAAACGUAGGUGCAGCAAUCGGCAAAGGUUCUUACUUUGCUGUGGACCCUAGCUAUUCAGCACGAGGCUAUGCCAGACCUGACACCAAAGGCCACAAACGCAUUUACCAGGCCAGAGUUCUUGUUGGAAACUACACCAAUGGAAGAAGUGGCAUGAUCACCCCUCCUGCCAAAUCUGGGAAUGCUUCAGACCUGUAUGACAGCGUCACAGAUAACACCACUAAUCCAACAAUGUUUAUUGUCUUCAAUGAUAUCCAGGCCUACCCAGAAUACCUCAUAACAUUUACAUGAGCUGCCACCACUGUGCAACAUUUCUGAGAAAAAAGAUAAUAACCUUUCCUCUUAUGUUUGUUCUGACUGUUCAUUCUUUAAAAUUACAAAUUAUAUAAAAUAUUGUUUGUCUGUUUUCAUUUGCUGUUGUCACAUUAUUUUUAAAUAUUUUGAAGCACAUUUUAAAGGAAGAUUAAACUAACGCUGAAAUAAA